AAAAAGCUCAGUAUCAUAUGAAAGUCACGAGCCCCAGUCUCUCUAAAUAUUUUCCUAGUUGGUUCCUGUGCCAGUGACUAUUCACCACGUAGGUUGUAACCAUGAAAAGUAAGGGAGUCCGUGCAAGAACUUAAUAAAAGACGGAGCAUCGGUGCAGAUAGCUUUCCGUCCUUCCAGAUAUGAUCGUCCGCACGGGAGGAAAAAAGCAAUGACAUUAGGGAGUAUUCACACGGUGCGGAAGUGCGGAAUCGUAUUUCCUCGCUUGGUUACUCAACAGAUACUAACAGUUCCAUGGAUCAUAAUGGAUUUUACCAAUGAACAAAAAUCAAAUAAAAAAAAGAUAGUAAGACAAAUACUUCUCCAGAAGUUUAUAAAUGUAAACGAAUUUGGAUUGAUUUCCUGUCGUCUUAUUUUUGAAGAAAUUUUGGUUUUGUUACUUUAUUUUUGGAUUUUUUCGGUUAGCCUUUAAAUAGCAGCGGACGAACCGCGACCACAUACAUAAGUUCCUACGAUUAACUUUGAAC